CUCAAAAUACCUUCUCUCCUCACCACCUUAUACUUGUUUCUCCCUCUCCAUUUUAUCUUCUUCAAUGGAAGAACACCACAAGCCAUUACAGCUCCUCCCCACACCACAAUCCACCCCUUCCUCCUCCCGGCCGAUACCGUUGUGGCGCCCAACAGCCGCCACCGAUCCAUUCGAGGGCACACCAUCCCUUGACCUCCAGCUGUCAAUCAGUGUUCGGCCAAUUCGGCCAAACACUGAUUGUGUCAUGGCUGGGAGGUCACUUGCCACCGACUACACCGAGCUCAAGCCAGAGCUUGGCUGUGUGGAGGCGAUGAGGUGGCAGGCAGCGGAGCAAAUCCGCCUGGCUGCCACCGAGAAGGCAUACGCGGAGCGUGUGAGGGAGAUGACGAGGCGGGAAAUGGAGCUCGCGCAAUCCGAGUUUGCGCGAGCGAGGCACGUGUGGGAGCGUGCCAGGCAGGAGGUGGAGAAGGCGGAGAGGAUGAAGGAGAGGGCGACGAGCCGGGUUGAUGCCACGUGCAUGGAGAUCACUUGCCAGUCUUGCAGGCAAAAAUUUCGACCUUAAAUUUUUAUUUUUAAUUUUCUUGAUUUCAUUUUACAGUUUGAGUUGUGUAUUCGUUUUCUGUUUUCAUUAAACACAUAAAUGAAGGACAGAUUGAAACUUGACAAUUCCUGCCUUUUUUUUCUGCAACAAUGUGUAUGAUUGAUUUGUUACCAGAUCAAAUAAUACAAGUUUUUAAGGGAAUUUUCAAAUUUGAUCUAUUUGAUA